AUGAAGUCCCAGUAUCAAGUCAAUCCGCAAGACUCCGGUCAAAUCGGCGCCUUUGCCGCAGCUGUGAUAUCUCAAGGCACGCGACAGAAAGAACUGGCAAGUUGUACACCAAAUCUAAUAAAACAUACAAAUUACAGAAGUUCUCGGAUGCAAUAUCCACGCCAAGAGUUGUACACAUUUCCCAGUAAAUCCUCUUCUUCAUUCUUCACUCUCGUAAAUCUCGGCAGCCAACGUGGGGGUCCGAAGCUCAAUCUCAAUCAACUUCAUUCAACCCCUCCUGCGAUCUCGGUCCUCUCAAUCUCAACUCCAACCACACAACAUCACCAACAUCACCAACAUCAACCCAUCAUCUACACAUAA